AUGGACCCACCUCAAUUUCAGGGUGGGAAGAGCGAGGACGCUCAUGAGUUUUUAACUACCUGCCGAGAGCUACUAGAGGUGGUUGGAUUAGCUGAGUCACAUGGGGUUCGAUAUGCUACACUCCAGCUUCGUGGACCAGCGAGAGACUGGUGGAGGACUUAUUCGGAGGUUUUGCAAGUUGGAUCUCCUCCAGUGACUUGGGAGCAGUUUGCUAGUGCAUUCCAAGAUCGUUUUAUCCCAUGGAGCGUGAGAGAGGAGAGUUGCCUGAGGUUUGAGAGUCUAAGACAGGAUGGUUUAUUGGUUACAGAGUAUGAGGCGUGUUUUUGCCAGUUGUCUAGGCAUGUAUUGGCCAUUAUUCCAAAUGAGACAGAGAGGAUCCGCAGAUUUUUGAGGGGAUUGACUUUCUCUAUCAGGUCAGCUGUGUUUUGGACAUCUAGGGAGGGGGCUUCUUUCCAGUCCAUUGUCAGCGCCGCCAAAGAGGCGGAAUUGAUGGAGAGAGUGGAGUUUGGGGACCCUAAAAGAGCUCGUAUAUCAGGUAAGUUUAAUGGUGCCUCAUCUGGAGGUAGGGGAUCACAGAGAGUGAGUGGUUCUUUUCUGCAGCGGGGACCUAUUCAUGCAUCUAUGCCGACAUUUGAGGGUGGCCAGACAUCUAGGGGUUCUUAUGGACCGGGUCAGGGCUCGUACGGUUCAGAGCAGCGACCUAUAGGGCGAGGCAAUUAUAGUGGGUUUUUAGGGUCCACACAGCAGUUCCUAGGUCAGAGAUUUUGUUUUACUUGUGGAGAUCCCGAUCAUCUAAUGCGGCAGUGUACUUCUCAAAGGGGUCGUGGUGGGCCUCGACUUAAUUCUUCAUUCCAACUAGAACACCAGCUCCACAGGGUAGAGGUCGUGGCAGAGUUCAGUCAGGUAGAGGUGAUAGAGUUUCUAGUAGUGGUGUUGAAGCUCAACAAAAUGGGGGUAGAGGUACCACACAGGCUGGAGGUGGACGAGGAGCCCACUGCUAUGCUUUCCCCGGGAGACCUGAGGCGGAGACCUCUGAUGCUGUUCUUACAAACUGUGACUUUAAUAAUGCCUGGUGUUCCGAGGGUUGAGUGGAAGAGUGUUAGUGGUUCUUAUCCUAGCAAGGUCAUCUCUUUUAUCCGUGCUCAGAGACUGGUAGAGAGGGGGUGUUUGUCUUACUUAGCUUUUAUUCGGGAUACUAGUAUUGAACCACCUCCCAUGGACUCUAUUCCCGUGGUUCAGGAGUUUCUCAAUGUAUUUCCUUCUGAUCUUCCAGGUGUUCCUCCCGAUAGGGAUAUCGAUUUUGCUAUUGAUUUGGAGCCGGGAACUAAGCCUACUUCUAUACCUCCAUAUCGAAAGGCCAAUGUUGUAGCCGAUUCUCUGAGUAGGAAGACUCCUAGCAUGGGGAGUCUUGCAGCGCAUAGUAUUGAGGAGAGACCAUUGGCUAGAAAUGUGCAGAUAUUAGCUAACAGUCUUGUCCGCUUGCAGAUAUCAUAA